CGCAUGACAACAACAACAACAAGGCAGAUGCUACAAGAAUACUCGGCAUUACUUGCGCCAUGUCGUUGGCCUUUAGAUAUCGGAAUUCACUGACAGUGGACUCGUCGAACGCAGGAUCAGAAACGGACGACCAGCUCCUUCCCCGUAGACCGUCAUUUCCUCCGUCAAGGACCAGCUAUCAGCAAGAGACUCAGCAACAACACAACCUUCCCACUUUGUCGCAUCGACUUCGCCAUGACGCCUCUAUCCUCGCUCUUGCCCUCUCGGAUAAUGCGGUCUUCGCCGGUACCCAGCGCGGCGAGAUCAUCGUCUACUCGCUCGACACGUAUGAGCGCAUAGCUCUGCUCGAAGCCCACAAGAGCAGCGUCCUCGACCUCUGCAUCUGCGAAGACGAGAACCUCCUCUUCUCCAGCGCCGCCGAUCGCAUCACAAAUGUCUGGGACCUGAACACCUAUCAACACGUCUACUCGCUAUACUCUCGCUACGAUACCGGCGACGUCUUUUGUGUCGCAUACUCUUCACUGUUGCGCACCGUCUACCUCGGAGCUCAAAACACAAGCAUUCAGUGGUAUGACUUGAAAGAGAAGGAUCACAGACCAAAGCCAAAGAGGGACGAUCAUCCUUCGUUGAGAGAAGAUCCGUUCUUUGACUCACGCGGUCCUGGUGGCAUCAGGACUCCCAGACCUGCGGAUCAUGGUCUUCCUGCUCGUCAUGCCGCUGGAGGUGAGGUUCUUGAGAUUGAUCAGGACAACAUCAAGCACUUUGCUCAUUAUGGCUAUGUGUAUUGUAUGAUGCUGGCAAAGGGUGUUGUGCCUGAUGCACCCGGCGAUCAAGUCUUGAUCUCGGCUGGUGGAGAUGGUGUGAUCAAUCUCUGGACUAUGGAUGCAAAGCGUGGAGGUGCUAUUGAUCUUCUCUACACUUUGGAUGAUGGAAGAGAAGAAGGCCAGUCCAUUCUUUCUCUGGCUAUCGAUGGCACCUUCCUCUACUCUGGUCGCACUGGUGGUGAAGUCAACGUCUGGGACCUGGAGACUAGACAACUCGUCCGAAGCUUGAAGGCUCACAGAGAUGAUGUCUUGUCAAUCUGCAUCGGCGGUGGAUACAUGUUCUCCGCCGCCGUCACUGGCUAUGUCAGGAAAUUUGACCGUCAAUAUCAAUGCGCUAGUAGACUUCGUGCUCACGAAGGUCAAAUUCUGACUUCAGCUUUCACCUACUACAAGGGCAAGCCUUUGUAUGUAACUGGAGCCAACGACAACACUGUUGCCGUCUGGGAUGUCAGCGACUGCAUCAUGUCUCCUACCGCCAUCAAGAGAACCACAGACGAGCAGAUGCUGGAACACCUCAAACGCUUCAUCGCUUACAAGACCGUUUCUUCUGACCCCAAGUACAAGGGCGACUGCCGUCGUGGUGCCUCAUACCUCCGCUCGGUCUUCAAGGGCUUCGGCGCCGCCACUGAGAUGCUGCCUACUGAGGAUGGCUCGAAUCCCAUCAUCCUUGCCCGCUUCAGAGGCAAUCCCUCGACAGCCGCCACCAGAAAGAAGGUUCUGUUCUAUGGUCACUAUGAUGUCGUUGCUGCCGAUAACGAGCAAGGUAAAUGGAUCACCGACCCUUUCGUCAUGGAAGGACUGGAUGGCUACCUGUAUGGAAGAGGUACUUCCGACAACAAGGGUCCUAUCAUGGCUGCCAUCUUUGCAUGUGCCGAGCUCAUGUCUGAACAAGCCCUUGGCUCAGAUGUCAUCUUCUUGAUCGAAGGUGAAGAAGAAAGUGGUUCACGCGGAUUCGCAAAUGCCGUCAAACAGCACAAGCAAAUCAUUGGAGAUGUCGACUGGAUCCUGCUUGCUAACAGUUAUUGGCUGGACGACUCGAUACCCUGCGUCACUUAUGGUCUUCGCGGCGUUAUUCACGCUACUGUUCAAGUCGAGAGUGAUCAUCCUGAUCUGCACAGUGGUGUUGAUGGAAGUUCGCAACUGGAUGAGCCAUUGAAAGAUCUUGUCAUGUUAUUGUCGACUCUUACUGGCAGUCAUGGCAAAGUCAAGAUCCCCAGCUUCUAUGAUCCGAUCCCUGAGCUGAGCAAGGAGGAAGAGAUCCUCUACGAAGACAUCACUCAAGCUUUGGUCGCUCGCAACCCUGAUCUUGGUGACCCUCGCGACCUUGCACUUUCACUCAUGCGUCGUUGGCGCGAGGCCUCGUUGACUGUCCAUCGCUUCCAGACAUCCGGUCCUGCCAACGCCGCCAUCAUACCGCGUCUCGCAAAGGCAGCACUCUCGCUGCGUCUGGUCCCCAAUCAAGAAGCAGACACAGUCGGCGAAGCUCUGGUCAAAUACUUGCAAUCAGAAUUCGACAAACUCGGCUCUCACAACCGCAUGACCGUGACCAUCGACCACCAAGCCGAACCCUGGCUCGGCGAAUUCAACAACCAAAUCUUCCAAACACUCGACAAAGCCAUCAUGGACGUUUGGGGCCCUAUCCCCGAAGUCCCCCAGCACAGACGUAAGUCUUCGCUCGCACAAGUCAGCAAGGAGAAUGCCUUGAAAGUCACAAUACCCAAGAAGGAGGAAGUGCAAAACACACAUACCUCCAAACCCUCCCCUACCACCUCUUCCGUGCUCGCAAACGGUGGACCCACUUCUGCGUCGUCUUCCGCCCUUACAGACGCAACAAAUGAUGCCUCCUCCUCUCUUCUUCCCAUCCCCUCCCCCACGACCAAGAAGUCACGAACCAAGCCUCUGUAUAUCAGAGAAGGAGGAUCCAUUCCUGCCAUCAGAUUCUUGGAAAAGGAAUUUGGAGCCCCCGCUGCGCAUUUCCCUUGUGGACAGGCCAGUGAUUCGGCGCAUUUGGAUAAUGAACGCUUGAGAUUGAUCAAUCUUUACAAGAGUAAGGAUAUUUUCAAGAGGGUUUUUAGAGAGUUGCCUAUGAAGUAGAUUGGAUUGGAGACUUGGAUUGUGUAUGCUUGGAGAGGUUUGGAGAGGGUGAAGUUCACAUGAAGCAUUUGGUCCGGGAAGAUGAAAUGAUGUUUUGCAUAGCACGAUGGGGUUGGAUGGCACAGGCGAGAUAUCGGCGUUCUUCUCCUUGGUUUCUUUUCGGUUGUUGGGUUAUUUCGAGCAAAGCAUAACAGAAAUAGAGAUACCCCCUUUGAGGAAAAUAAGAACAGGUUA